CAACCCCGAGACAAAGAACCUAGCGGAAGAAAUUUGGGUCCUUACUUUUGAUUGAGGAUGACCAGAUCCAACGUAAAUGAAAGUGUUCAUGGCCCAGAGAUGUGUUCCGCGUAUGUGGAGAGGCUCUGAGACGUCAUUCAAUUCUGAUAGCAUUCGUAGAUUCUCUGACCUUGAACCAAAUAGUUCGGUGAAGUCUUCUUAUCAGCGAGGCCCGAAUCUAAAACAGAGCGAUCGUUUCAUAGCGCCUCUCCCAAUGGGCUCGUCGCUGGCGAUUGCGCUAGUGGAUCAACAUCAACCCAUUCACAGUUUUACCGAAGCCACAAUGCCAAAUGGCCAGAAUGCACGGAAGAAAGAGAACCUGCUUCUUGGGUUGCUCGGCUUCCUGGUACUCUUCUUGGAUCAGUGGGGAGCAGUGGCUGGAAUGCGAUGCAAGGUGCCCUACGAGAAGGUGCAGGAGAAGUACUGCUACUUCAUAGCCGACGAAGAGCCGCUGCACACCUCGUUCCACAACUUCUGCUACCAGGACAAGAAGACUUCGCGCGUCUGCCUAGACAGCGACGAAGAGAUGCGAAUACUAGCGCGGCACCUCUACGAGAACGGCUUCCAGAACGGCACCCAGUUCUGGAGCGCCGGCCACCGCUGGCCCGGCGACAUGCGCUUCUACUGGAACUAUUUCGGCCGCGCCCGGGCUCUUAACUACUCGAACUGGGCUCCGGAAGAGCCCACUCCCCUCAUGGGCCGUAACUGUCUGAUUCUCACGCUACGAGCCGGAGAGCUGUUCAUGAGCAGUGAGUCGUGCUACACCCGAGCCGUCGAUAUCUGCGAGCAGACGCUCAACACCGAAAGCGAGUCGCGAACGGUUAUUCACUAAUAGAAGUCUUUACAAAUUCUCUUGCUUCCACUUUUAAAAGGUCUGUGCAACUACAUGAAAUCGAUGAAAUAAGUAUUGUUUCAAAUAACAGUUAGGCUCGAGGCAUCAGAUAUUGCAAAAUAUUAAAGAUCUUAUUGCACACUUU